AUGAUGGAGGAUCACCUGGUGAAGAUCCCCAUGAUGCCGUCCUGUUCUCCCUCCGAGUCGUGUGCCAGCGGCGGGAGCGACGACAGCCGAGGAGCCAAGAGCCCGGCCCCGGGGAAAGCUCUCAGCCCGGCGCUGGUCUGCAGAGUGUGCGGCGACACCAGCAGCGGGAAACACUACGGCAUCUACGCCUGCAACGGCUGCAGCGGCUUCUUCAAACGCAGCGUGAGGAGGAGGCUCAUCUACAGGUGCCAGGCCGGCACCGGCAUGUGUGCCGUGGACAAAGCUCAUCGGAACCAGUGCCAGGCCUGUCGGCUGAAGAAGUGCCUGCAGGCCGGCAUGAACAAAGACGCCGUUCAGAACGAGCGUCAGCCGCGCAGCACCGCUCAGGUCCGACUGGACUCCAUCGACGUAGACCCGGACAAGGAUCACCUGACCACAACCCGGGAGCCCACCUCCUCCUCCUCCUCCUCCUCCACCUCUUCCUCCUCCUCCAGUGUCAUCACGUGGCCCCACAUCACCUCCUCCAUGUCCAUCACCUCCUCCGUGGCCCCCCAGCGCUGCAUCAGUCCCCAGAACAACCACCGCUUCAUGGCCAGCCUCAUGACGGCCGAGACCUGCGCCAAGCUGGAGCCCGAGGACGUUGACGAGAACAUCGACGUGACGAGCAACGAGCCGGAGAGAGCGUCCUCCGAGUAUCACAUGGCUCUGUACCCGUCCAGCUCGGAGAACGUGUACGAGACCUCGGCCCGGCUUCUCUUCAUGUCCGUGAAAUGGGCCAAAAACCUGCCGGUGUUUUCCAACCUGCCGUUCAGAGACCAGGUGAUCCUGCUGGAGGAGGCGUGGAGCGAGCUCUUCCUGCUCUGUGCCAUCCAGUGGUCUCUACCUCUGGACAGCUGCCCGCUCCUCUCCCUGCCCGACCUUUGCCCCGGCAUGCAGGGGAAGACCAGCUACACCAGCCUGGACCUGCGCCUCCUGCAGGAGGUGUUCAGCCGCUUCAAGGCCCUGGCCGUGGACCCCACGGAGUUCGCCUGCCUCAAGGCCAUCGUGCUCUUCAAGCCAGAGACUCGAGGUUUGAAGGAUCCAGAGCAGGUGGAGAAUCUGCAGGACCAGUCCCAGGUGAUGCUGGGACAACACAUCCGCUCCCACUAUCCCAGUCAACCAGCCAGGUUGGGGAAGCUGCUCCUCCUCCUCCCCUCCCUGCGCUUCGUCAACUCGGAGCGAAUCGAGCUGCUGUUCUUCCACCGGACCAUCGGGAACACUCCCAUGGAGAAGCUGCUGUGCGACAUGUUCAAGAACUGA